GGGCGCCGUGUGAGCUCAGAGCCAGCACGGGCACCCGAGCCCCGGGCCGGGGCUGUCACAGCGAGGCCCGGGGUAUCAUCCCCCGAGUGCGGAAACUGCGAGAGGGCGUCACUGCCGCUGCCGCUUCUGAUGUUAUAAUAAAGACCUGCGGAAAGGCCGCGUGUGACCUACAAGUUCCUACAAGUCACGACGGUUGCUUGUGCAGCUCACGCUUUUUUCCGUGGUGGCCGCAGAGCGUGACCUCUGUGAGGGGAGGCAGCGGGUGCCUGCAGGUUCUGUGGCGCUGGGCCGUGGCAGCGUUUGGCUCCUGUGCGGCCCCUGCCAGUGUGAGUCAGAGCUGUGCGCCGAGCUCUUGACUCCGAGACCUGAGCGAUGUUUCAUAACCUUGCUGCUGCUUCCAUAAAAGUACAAAUACGGUUCAAGGAUUAUGUUGUGCUAGGUGGGAGGAGUGUUCUUCAUCAGUGACUUCAACUGUUUCAAGCAUUUUUAUGUGCUCAGGAAUUAAGGUGGAUGAAAUGUUUCAUUGAUCAUAGCAGGAGCAGGACGUAUAAGGAGCAUUGUCGUAACUGUUAAAGGGCAUAAUGCAGAAUCCGUUAACAGUUUCUGCAGGUGGUGUUUUUUUGCAUGCUAAUCCUGCAGAGAAACAUUGUGUCCAACAAAGUAUGCUGGGUCAGCAAAAGCAAGAAACUUGUGCUGCAAAGACAGUAUCCACAGGUAUUUGACAAACAGAAAUCCCCUUCGGAUCUAAUACAAAGUUUUCAGAAGAAAAGUCAGUUUAGGACCAUUGCUCCAAAAAUGGUACCAAAAAUUUUAACAUCUGGAGUUGUUUCUUGCCAUCAGUCAUCUUUGUCUGAGCCAGUGACACCAAUUUCAGCUUCAGGUUCUAAGCCCCUGGUGGUGCCAGCUCAGAACUAUGCUGUCAUGCAGGUGGCUGCUCACAAGGGCACAUUUUCCCUGUUGGCUGUGCCGUGUGUUGCACCUGCUCUAACACAGCAAGUUCAGCAGUCGACUGUGGCCCCCUCUGAAAACCUAAAGCUGCCCAUCCCCAGGUACCAAUCUGUAAGAAAUAAAUUGCUGAGUGACAAAAAACCGGCACAAAUCUCUGGUUUUGCGUGGAGUGCAUGUAACAAGAUUCCUACCAAAACGCUGAUCUCAUCACAGACUUCCCUCAUGACUUCUCUGCCUGAAGACUGUCCUGAAGCUCAGUCUAGUUCAGAUUCAGCUGAGCAAGGGGUGAUAGACUGUGACUCAGCUGAAAUUGGAGUUGCCACAUUAGUAAAUAAAAGCAAUCGUGUGGAGUCUAGAUCUCUUUUAAUGAAGAAAACUGAAAUUGAAAGCAAUAAUGUUUCUAGACCAACUGUAGUUGAAGACUCUCUAUCCAAGCCAGCAAGUACAACUAAUCCCAUGAAACUAAGUCUACACUCUGUGAAGACAGAAUCAGAAACCACAAGAGAGCCACUCCUGAGAUCUGAUAAACUAAAGGAAAAACCCACAAAUUCUGCAGAUCCUUUUGCUGUCUUGUCACCAGCAGUUUUUGGCAGUACAAUUCAGAUGACUUCAUCAGCACCUAAAGGAAAACUUCCUAUUUUGCCUUACUCGAGAAUGAAAAAUUCAGUGUUAUGUAGAUCUAAGCAGAAUACUAAAGUUAUGGACAUACCUGGUCAUUCACUAAAAUCUGAAUGUGAAAAGAUACCAUCUUUGAUGAAAGCCAAAGCCUUUGAUAAUCAAUUAGGUGUAUCAUUUACACAAGUCACCAAACAAACCAUUCAAGAAAAUACCUCCUCUCCAUCCAGCAAAGUGGAUGAUGUUGACAGCCUUAAAAAAUUGAACAGUGCAACCUCUAAAAGAAGAGGCAGGAAAAAAAGAGCCCCAGAAGAUUUAUUGGCUUUUCAGGCCAAACAAAGGAAAUGCAUCAUUAAUAAGUUUAGAGAAGAAAGAGAAAGGGUGAAGAUUGAUAUUCAGACACCUGAAGACAAUAAAGCAGAGGCGGUGAAAAAAUACCGCAGUAUCAGACCAAAACCAGUGGUGGUUGUGCAGGCGCUCGCACCGCUGGCUCCUGCAGCCAUCGUAGAGACGCCGUCUCAUGAGCAAGACUUAUUUUUAAAUGGUUCACUGGCCAAUAAAUGUUUAAGUUCCAGGCACAGUGAUGCUACAUCAGCUAAAUCAAGUGAUCUAAGUAGAAAUACACGUUCAGCUGUCCCUAAGCCUCUGCACAGAUGUCAUGUUUGUAACCAUACGUUCCAGUUCAAGCACCAUCUCCAGGACCACAUGAACACGCACACGCGCAAGCGGCCCUACAGCUGCAGGAUCUGCAGGAAGGCAUAUAUCUAUUCUGGGAGACUGAGCACCCAUAUGAAGCUUCAUCACAAUGAAGGCAAACCCAAAAAGCUGGUGUGCUGUGAAUUCUGUGCUAAAGUUUUUGGCCACGCAAAAGUGUACUUUGGCCACCUCAGAGAAGUCCACAGGGUUGUUAUCAGCACAGAGCCCUCUACUAGUGAGCAACAGGUGCAAGGUACUUUAAAGAACAGAGACAGGAAUAUAAAAGAGGCAGAAGAAGCUACAGAGAGGGGAAAUAACUGCAAUUUUGAGGACCUAUUCCAUAACCCAGGAGGAGUGAAAUUACAGGUCAAAUGUGGUCGAUGCCAGUUUAUUGCAGAGUCUUUCGGUGAAAUGAAGUUUCACUUAUUGUGCUGUCAUGGAGAAGAGAUUCAGGGAAGAGUGAAGGAAGGGGUUUUGCAAGGAAGCAGAGGAACAAAGGGGGGACUGGUCAAACAUACAACCCACGUGUGGAAACAGCACGAUGAGAGAAGACGUUUAGCAAAGUGCAGCGCCCGUCAGGAGGAGCUGUAUACUGUUCCAAAACCAAAUAGACAGAUACCCUUGCACCAUCACAAUAAUGUCAGUAUUUUACCUAAAAGUGAACUGACUCAGUCAGGAAAUAGUGAAGCCUCCAAGGAGAUGAAAAAUGUGGGGUUUGGUACACCAAAGAAAAAAAUAGAAUUUUGGUCUAAAGCAGGCUAUAACUGCAUUUUAUGCGAACAGUUAUUUGGAAGAAAAGAGGAUCUUUUUAAUCAUUGGCAGAGUCAUCAUAAUUGUGAAGACCCUUCCACUUUAUGGACAGUUUUUACUUUGGUAUCAAAACAAAGAAUUAUUGAACUUUCUGAUAAUGGUGAAUAUUGAAGCUCAACUCUACAGUGCAAUGAAAAAUAUUAACUACCUUACCAAACUCUUUUUUCACUGUCUUGCUAAACUAACUCAACAGAUGUAUUGCUUCAAACUUGGUAGUUGGGUUUGUUGGGGAUUUUUUUUAAAGUCAUACUAACCUUUAUUUUGGUGACUAGAAAUGUGUUUGUUCCAUAUUAUUGCAGGUGGGUACAUGGAAGCUGAUUAUCAAUCCUUGUACUUAAAAUUCAUGCUUAAGGAACUUCAUAACAGCAAAUAGUCAAUACUAAUGGUUAACCUCAAUGAAAUGUAUUUUUGAGUUAAAUUAUACUGUGCACACAGAAAUAAUUCAAUUUCUAUUAAGUAAUCUCAGUCUUAAAUGUAAUCACACACCUGACUAGAAGUCAGGUCCCAACUAAGCUUCCAGAUUUUGUGGUAAAUGCAUAUUUCCAUGCCGUUUUCUUGAUCUUUUAAAUGUGCAUACAUGCAGCCAGCACUUGGGAGCUUUUUAGUGUAUAAUUUAAGAACUUUUAACAUUUGUUUUAUUGAUUUCACUGUCUUUAAACAUGUUCAUUGCUUGCAGGUGUUCAGUUCUGUCCUGUUAACAACAAAGAUCUUUUUAUUUUAGAAGUAAGAAAUCUACAUGAAUUUGUUUGCAUGUAGCUUUUUGGAUUGAAGAUGAGUUGACACCCAUUAAGAUGGAGCCCAGUAGAUUUUCAAGGAGGCAGGUCCUGUCAGGCUGUAAGGGCGUGGAGUUCUAGAGCUUGAUUUUGAUGAAAAGUUGAAAAUGUUUCAUUGAAACAUUUAAUCCAAUUUGAAAUUGGUGAUUAAACUGCUUAAAGCCUUAUAUUCCUCUGAAUUAUUUUAGGAACGAUAAUGCAGGCAAGUCUAAGAAAUCACCACAUCACUCUCCAACAGAAGUCAGAGCACGUCAGAGGUCAAGCUGAAAAAUAUACCAGAACUGUCCCUGCAGUACUACUGUAUUUAUUCCUUUUUGUGGUCAGCUGUAAUUGAAGGAUUGCAGUGAUAAAAGAGUCGUUCCUAAAAUGGCCUGUGUUGCCUCUAACUGUUCUUCAAAAAUUAUGGUGGUGAAAACAUGAGAAGAGAUGUAAAAAUGUUGGGCUUUCUGAGUGGGAUUCCUCAAGCUGUUGCAAUAUUUUGUGUAUGUCUUUUAUUUUUAAACAGUAAACACAAUUUUGAUGACCUAA